AUGGAGCACCUUUUCCUAGAGGUGGCGGCCGCGCCGCUGCGCUUACUCGCUGCCAAGAACGAGAAGAGCCGCAGCGAACUGGGCAGGUUCUUGGCCAAGCAGGUGUGGACACCUCAAGAUCGCCAGUGUAUCCUGAGCACCUUAGCACAAUUACUUCUGGAUAAAGACUGUACUGUGCUGGUUGGUCGCCAGCUGCGCCCUCUUCUUUUGGAUUUGUUGGAAAGGAAUGCUGAAGCCAUUAAAGCCGGAGGCCAAAUCAACCACGAUCUACACGAACGGCUCUGUGUGUCAAUGAGCAAACUCAUUUGUUACCAUCCUGACGUCCUCCCGUUUGCCCUGAGGUAUUUCAAGGACACUUCUCCAGUCUUCCAAAGACUCUUCCUAGAGAGUUCAGAUGCUAAUCCAGUCCGCUAUGGGCGCAGGCGGAUGAAGCUCCGGGACCUAAUGGAAGCAGCUUACAAGUUUCUGCAGAAUGAGCAGUCUGUGUUCCGGGAGCUCUGGGACUGGAGUGUGUGUGUCCCUCUCCUCAGAAGCCAUGACACCUUGGUCCGCUGGUACACAGCCAAUUGUCUUGCUUUGGUCACCUGUAUGAAUGAAGAGCACAAGUUAUCAUUCCUUAAGAAGAUUUUUAAUACUGAGGAACUGAUCCAUUUCAGGUUAAGGUUAUUAGAAGAGGCCCAGCUGCAGGAUUUGGAGAAGGCCUUGGUUUUGGCUAAUCCAGAAGCCUCCCUUUGGCGUAAGGAGAAAGAGCUGCAGUACUUACAGGGCCAUCUUGUUUCAGCUGAUCUCUCUGCCGGGGUGACUGCUGUCUGUGGCGUGGUGCUGCCUGGGCAGCCACCAGCCCCUGGAGAGCAGGCUAGUAAUAGAAGUUCUUCUCGUGAACAGGAGCUGGCCUUUAGGUCUUAUGUGCUGGUUGAUUCAAUCUGCAAAAAUCUUCAGACGCUGGCUAUGGCAGUGGCUUCUCAGAAUGCUGUGUUGUUGGAAGGACCGAUAGGAUGUGGCAAAACUUCCUUAGUUGAAUACUUAGGUGCAAUGACGGGUAGAAGGAAGCCCCCUCAGCUUCUUAAAGUCCAGCUUGGAGAUCAGACCGACAGUAAGAUGCUGUUGGGAAUGUAUCGCUGCACAGAUGUCCCAGGAGAGUUUGUGUGGCAACCUGGUACCCUGACACAGGCAGCCACAAAGGGACACUGGAUCCUUCUGGAGGAUAUUGACUAUGCCCCUUUAGAUGUGGUUUCUGUGCUGAUCCCUCUCUUGGAGAACGGAGAGCUCUUGAUUCCCGGCCGAGGUGACUGUCUGAAAGUGGCUCCUGGAUUUCAGUUCUUUGCAACUAGGAGACUCUUGAGCUGUGGAGGAAAUUGGUAUCGACCUCUAAAUAGUCAUGCUGCUCUGCUAGACAAAUAUUGGACCAAAAUUCACAUGGAUAACAUGGAUAAGAAAGAACUGAAUGAGGUUCUUCAGAACAUAUAUCCCAGCCUCUUGGCAGUAACUGAUCACUUGCUUGACAUUUACAUCCAAAUUACUGGAGAGAAACAUCACUCUCAGAAUGAUAGUUCUGUUACAUGUGAACAGGCACCUGAGGAAGUUUCAGAAGCCAGAAGAGAAAACAAAGGACUAAGCCUUGAGGGAAGAGAGUUGUCUCUAAGGGAUCUACUGAAUUGGUGUAAUAGGAUCGUUCAUAGCUUUGACAGUCUGUCUUCAUCAGCAUCCUUAAAUAUUUUUCAAGAGGCUCUGGACUGUUUCACAGCAAUGCUUUCUAAGCAUACAAGCAAACUGAAAAUGGCAGAAGUCAUUGGAAGCAAAUUGAACAUUUCCAAGAAAAAGGCUGAAUUUUUCUGUCAACUUUAUAAACCGGAAAUUGUGAUCAAUGAGUUAGAUGUGCAAGUGGGUCGAGUGCGGCUUCUUCGGAAACAAAGUGAGGCUGUCCACAUACAGAGGGAGAAGUUCACGUUUGCUCCCACAAGGCCAUCCUCCAUUCUUAUCGAACAGCUUGCAGUGUGUGUUAGCAAAGGGGAACCGGUAUUACUGGUGGGAGAGACUGGGACUGGCAAAACCUCUACUGUCCAGUACUUGGCUCACAUUACAGGCCACCAUUUGAGGGUUGUCAAUAUGAAUCAACAAAGUGACACUGCAGACUUGCUUGGAGGUUACAAACCGGUGGACCAUAAACUUAUUUGGCUGCCCUUACGGGAGGCAUUUGAAGAACUCUUUGCCCAGACGUUUUCCAAGAAGCAAAACUUUACAUUCUUAGGACACAUUCAGACCUGUUACAGGCAGAAACGGUGGCAUGAUCUCCUCAGACUAAUGCAGCAUGUACACAAGUCGGCCGUCAACAAGGAUGGAAAAGAAAGUGAAACUGGGUUACUCCUAAAAGAGAAAUGGGAAGCAUUUGGUCUUAGACUCAGCCAUGCUCAGCAACAGAUGAAAAUGACUGAAAAUGCCCUCUUGUUUGCAUUCGUAGAGGGUACACUAGCUCAAGCCGUAAAGAAAGGAGAGUGGAUCUUAUUGGAUGAGAUUAAUCUGGCUGCUCCAGAAACAUUAGAAUGCCUCAGUGGUUUACUCGAAGGCUCCUCUGGCUCACUGGUGUUGCUAGAUCGAGGAGAUACAGAACCACUGGUUCGUCAUCCCGACUUCCGUUUAUUUGCCUGUAUGAACCCAGCAACAGAUGUGGGCAAAAGGAAUCUUCCACCAGGAAUAAGAAACAGGUUCACAGAACUUUAUGUAGAAGAAUUGGAAAGUAAAGAAGAUUUACAGAUUCUUAUUGUGGAUUAUCUGAAAGGACUGAGUGUGAAUAAGAUCACAGUGCAAGGAAUUAUCAACUUGUACACAGCUCUACGGAAGGACUCUGGGACAAAAUUAGUGGAUGGAACUGGCCAUAGACCUCACUACAGCCUUCGGACUCUUUGCAGGGCCCUGCGAUUUGCAGCCUCCAAUCCGUGUAGCAACAUCCAGCGCUCACUCUAUGAGGGCUUUUGUUUGGGUUUCUUAACACAGCUUGAUAGGGCAUCACAUCCAGUAGUUCAGAAGCUCAUUUGUCAACACCUUAUCUCUGGCAGUGUAAAAAGUCUGCUGAAGCAGCCUAUUCCAGAACCAAAAGGAGGUCGUCUUAUCCAAGUCGAAGGAUACUGGAUUUCGGUGGGAGACAGUGAACCUACAAUAGAUGAGACCUACAUUCUUACGUCUUCUGUUAAGCUAAACCUGAGAGACAUAGUCCGAGUGGUUUCUGCAGGAACCUAUCCAGUGUUGAUUCAGGGAGAGACAUCAGUUGGUAAAACAAGCCUGAUCCGGUGGCUGGCAGCAGCUACUGGUAACCAUUGUGUGCGUAUUAACAAUCACGAACACACAGAUAUUCAGGAGUAUAUUGGUUGUUACACAUCUGACUCUUCAGGGAAGCUUGUGUUUAAAGAAGGUAUUCUUAUUGAUGCUAUGAGAAAGGGCUAUUGGAUUAUCUUAGAUGAAUUAAAUUUGGCCCCUACCGAUGUGUUAGAGGCACUGAACAGAUUACUGGAUGAUAACCGUGAAUUGCUCAUCACAGAAACACAAGAAGUUGUUAAAGCUCACCCUCGGUUCAUGCUUUUUGCUACCCAAAAUCCCCCAGGACUUUAUGGAGGCAGAAAGGUGCUUUCUAGAGCCUUCAGGAAUCGGUUUGUGGAGCUGCAUUUUGAUGAACUGCCUAGUUCUGAGCUGGAGACAAUCUUGCAUAAGCGCUGCAGUUUGCCACCCUCCUAUUGUAGCAAGUUGGUUAAAGUCAUGCUGGACCUUCAGUCCUAUCGCAGAAGUUCUUCAGUGUUUGCUGGAAAACAGGGCUUCAUCACCCUUCGUGAUCUGUUUCGAUGGGCUGAAAGAUACAGAUUGGCUGAACAGACUGAGAAAGAGUAUGACUGGCUACAGCAUUUAGCCAAUGAUGGAUUUAUGCUUCUCGCAGGCCGAGUCAGGAAGCAGGAGGAAAUUGAUGUGAUUCAAGAAGUUAUUGAAAAACAUUUCAAGAAAAAAUUGUGUCCUCAAUCCCUUUUCUCCAAAGAAAAUGUCUUAAAAUUACUGAGUAAAUUGUCCACUCGGGUAUCCAUGUUGGAAUCUGAGUUCAGCCACAUUGUGUGGACUGAGGGCAUGCGGAGACUGGCGAUGCUGGUAGGAAGGGCGCUGGAAUUUGGUGAACCAGUGCUACUGGUUGGGGACACUGGGUGUGGGAAAACUACUGUCUGUCAGAUGUUUGCAGGCUUGGCAAAUCAGAAACUAUACUCUGUUAACUGCCACUUACACAUGGAGACAUCGGAUUUCCUGGGAGGGCUGCGACCAGUGAGACAGAAGCCAAAGGACAAGGAAGAAAUUGAUACAUCAAGACUUUUUGAGUGGCAUGAUGGUCCUCUAGUUCUGGCCAUGAAGGAGGAUGGCUUUUUUCUCUUGGAUGAAAUCUCACUGGCUGACGACUCUGUUCUGGAAAGACUCAAUAGUGUCCUUGAAGUGGAAAAGUCCUUGGUAUUAGCUGAAAAAGGCAGUGUAGAAGACAAGGAUAAUGAGGUAGAGCUGUUGACUGCUGGGAAGAAAUUCCGUAUCUUAGCAACCAUGAACCCUGGGGGCGACUUUGGAAAAAAAGAGUUGUCUCCUGCCUUAAGAAACAGGUUUACAGAAAUAUGGUGCCCACAAAGCACAGGUCGUGAAGAUUUAAUUCAGAUUAUCAGCCAUAACCUUCGUCCAGGAUUGUCUCUGGGAAAAAUAGAUCAUAAAGGGGCUGACAUAGCUGAGGUGAUGCUGGAUUUCAUUGAAUGGCUGACCCACCAGGAAUUUGGCCGAAGGUGUGUGGUCAGUAUCAGAGAUAUCCUGUCCUGGGUUAACUUCAUGAACACAAUGGGGGAGGAAGCUGCUUUGAAACGGCCAGAGACCAUCUCCACUGUGACAUCUUUUGUCCAUGCUGCAUGCCUGGUGUACAUAGAUGGAAUAGGUUCAGGGGUAACUUCCUCAGGGUUUGGUACAGCUCUCUUGGCUCGCAAAGAAUGUCUGAAAUUCCUAAUCAAGAAACUUUCCAAAAUAGUGAGACUUACAGAGUGUCAGAAAAAUGAAUUGAAGAUUUAUGACAGACUCAAGGCCAAAGAAUUUACUGGAAUAGAUAACCUUUGGGGAAUUCAUCCAUUUUUUAUACCAAGGGGACCUGUCCUUCACAGGAAUAAUAUUGCUGACUAUGCACUCAGUGCAGGCACCACUGCUAUGAAUGCCCAGAGGCUCUUAAGAGCUACAAAAUUGAAUAAACCCAUUCUCCUGGAGGGCUCUCCUGGUGUUGGCAAGACAAGUUUGGUGACAGCAUUAGCAAAGGCUUCAGGCAACAUCCUUGUUCGAAUCAACUUGUCAGAACAGACGGACAUCACAGACCUGUUUGGAGCAGAUCUACCUGUUGAAGGUGGCAAGGGAGGAGAGUUUGCCUGGCGGGAUGGCCCUUUGCUGGCGGCUCUGAAGGCAGGCCAUUGGGUUGUGUUGGAUGAGCUCAACCUGGCUUCUCAGUCUGUAUUGGAAGGACUCAAUGCUUGUUUUGACCACCGAGGAGAAAUUUAUGUUCCUGAGUUAGGAAUGAGCUUUCAAGUACAGCAUGAAAAGACGAAGAUUUUUGGGUGUCAGAAUCCCUUUAGACAAGGAGGUGGGAGGAAGGGCUUGCCAAGAUCUUUCCUUAACAGAUUCACUCAGGUCUUUGUGGAUCCCCUUACAGUAGUUGACAUGGAAUUCAUUGCCAGUACUCUGUUUCCAGCCAUUGACAAAAAUAUUGUUGAGAAGAUGGUUGCUUUCAACAACCAAAUUGAUCACGAAGUGACUGUUGAAAAGAAAUGGGGGCAAAAAGGAGGACCCUGGGAAUUCAACCUUCGGGACCUUUUCCGCUGGUGUCAGUUGAUGCUGGUUGACCAGUCCCCUGGGUGUUAUGAUCCUGGUCAGCAUGUGUUUUUGGUCUAUGGUGAAAGAAUGAGAACCAAGGAAGACAAGGAAAAGGUCAUUGCUGUAUUCAAGAAUGUGUUUAGUUCAAAUUCCAGCCCAUACAUGGGAACCAGACUAUUUCACAUCACUCCCUAUGAUGUUCAGCUGGGCUACUCAGUCCUCUCCCGUGGCAGUUACGCUCCUCUCCUGUCUCGCCAUCCACUGUCACUCCUGCACCAAUCAUUACAGUCUCUGGAGUCAGUUAUGAAGUGUGUGCAGAUGAGUUGGAUGGUCAUCCUUGUGGGGCCAGCCUCUGUGGGCAAGACCAGCCUGGUGCAGCUCCUGGCACACCUUACUGGUCACACGUUAAAGAUCAUGGCUAUGAACAGUGCAAUGGACACUACGGAGCUUCUAGGUGGAUUUGAGCAGGUUGAUCUUAUACGGCCAUGGAGGCAGCUGCUAGAAAAGGUGGAAGGCACUGUAAGGGCACUUUUAAGAGACAGCCUCCUUAUCAGUGCUGACGACGCAGAAGUAGUGCUGCGAGCCUGGAGUCAUUUCCUUCUGACUUACAAACCCAAGUGUCUUGGAGAUGGUGGUAAAGGUAUCACGAUGGAGAUUGUCAACAAGCUGGAAGCAGUAUUAUUGCUUAUGCAGAGACUCAACAAUAAAAUCAACUCCUACUCCAAGGCAGAGUUUGCCAAACUUGUGGAAGAAUUCCGAAAUUUUGGGGCGAAGCUUCUGCAGUCCACCAGUGGUCGCAGCCAUGGCACAUUUGAAUGGGUUGACAGCAUGUUGGUUCGGGCUCUGAAGUCUGGAGAUUGGCUUUUGAUGGACAAUGUUAACUUCUGCAACCCAUCAGUGCUGGAUCGUUUGAAUGCUUUGCUGGAACCUGGAGGUGUUCUCACUAUUAGUGAAAGAGGAAUGAUAGAUGGAUCCACUCCCACCAUAACACCAAAUCCCAAUUUCAGACUUUUUCUCUCGAUGGAUCCUGUUCAUGGAGAAAUAUCCCGAGCGAUGAGGAAUCGUGGACUUGAAAUCUACAUUUCAGGAGAAGGGGAUGGGAACAUUCCAGAUAACCUGGAUCUGAAAGUUCUCCUGCACAGCCUUGGGUUGGUGGGGGACAGUGUGUGUGACACCCUCUUGGCUCUACACAUGGAGAUCCAGAGUACUGUUGUAGGUUCUCCAACAUCAUCUAUUUCAACUUUAAUUCAGACAGCCUUACUCAUUGUGCAGUGCCUACAGCGAGGGCUGAGUUUAGACACAGCCUUUUCUGAAGUAUGCUGGGAAGCAUAUGUCCGCUCCCAGCAUUCACCAGCAAACCAAAAGCUUGUGCAGGCUUUACUGGAGAAACAUGUUUUUUCUCUACAAGCCCAUGAAACCUGGGGUAACUCCAUCCUUGCCAUGGGCCUGUGGCCAGAUUCUCUGCCCUCAGCAAUCUUUGCUACAGAAGAUUCUCACCUCUCUAGAGUCCGAAGUGAUGGACAAGUCUUAGUAUAUUGCCUUAACAGGAUGAGCAUGAAAACCAGCAGCUGGGCCAGGAUUCAGCCUCUUACCUUACCAGACUUGGAGAAAAUUAUGCAGUCCUCUAACCCUGAGAGCUUGAAAUUCAGUUCAAUCGAAGUGGCUACUUACUGGAUUGAUGAACCAGAUGUUCUGGCCAUGGCUGUUAAAUUGCUUAUAGAAAGAGCAACCAAUCAAGAUUGGGUGCUCAGAGUUAAAUGGCUUUAUCAUUUAGCCAAGAAUAUACCACAGGGGCUUGAAUCAAUACAGAUUCAUUUGGAAGCCAGUGCUGCAUCACUUAGGAAUUUUUACUCAAAUUCUCUCUCAGCUGGGGUCAGUAAUGUCAUCAAAAUAUUACAACCAAAUAUAACAGAUGAAUUUGUGAUCCCUUUGGACCCCCGGUGGAAUAUACAGGCUUUGGACAUCAUUAGAAAUUCGAUGGACUUUGACCCACAAACCGAUCAGCCUGAGCAGCUCUUUGCCCUUUUAGAGUCUGUUGCAAACAAGACAAUCAUAUAUCUUGACCGGGAAAAACGGAUAUUUACUGAAGCAAAUUUGGUUUCUGUUGGUGGCAUAAAGUUAAGAAAUAGUGUUUUGAGAAUGUCCUUUGAAUUCCAUAAAGAUCCAGAGAGCUAUCACAGCCUGCCCCAUGAAAUUGUGGUCAAUCUUGCUGCUUUUUUUGAACUUGGUGAUGCACUAAUCCUGCUCUGGGUACAGUCCUCCCAGGGGAUGGUGUCUGAUGUCAGUGUCAUGGAGAUCUUGGAUUCCCUGCGGUGGCGGGACCGGUUUUGGACCAUAGCUGACACAGUAAAAGUGGAUGCCUCAGGCCUGGCCCUGCUUGCCCUUCAUUGGCACUGGGUUUUAAAACAUCUGGUCCAUCAGAUCCCUCAACUCCUAAUGAACCAUGAAGACAAAUACUACAAAGAGGUUCAGACUGUCUCAGAACAUAUUCAGAAUUGCUUGGGGAGCCCAACUGGCGGCUUCACUGGUGUAAAGAAGUUGCAAAAGUUCCUGGGACGGCCAUUUCCUUUUAAGAACAAGCUGGUGGUAGAGUGUUUUUCUCAAUUGAAAGUACUUAACAAAGCACUUGCCAUCAGGGAGUGGAUGCCUGCCCUUGGGGAAAGCGGAUGGUGGGAAGAUGUUAAUCGUCUCCAAGUGGUUGCUUCUAAAUGGACUUUAAAGAAAAGUCUCUUGCAGGCGUGGGGGCUGGUCCUCAGAGCUAAUAUUCUGGAAGAUGUCAACCCAGAUGAGCUGAAGGAUCUUGUGAAUGCUCACUGUUUAGAACUAAAAGCCAAAGGAAUUUCACUUGGUUUUCUGGAGAAAAAGCACAAUGAAGCUUCCUCCCUGUUCCAACCAGACUUUACCUCCUUAAUCCAACUCACCAGGAGUGUUCAGUUGUGGCCUGCAAUGGAGUACCUGGCUCUGCUUUGGCAGUACAAAGUGACAGCUGAUUUUAUGACACAAGCUUGCCUAAGAAGGUCCAGCAAAAAUCAGCAACCCCAGACAGAUAAGGAGAGAAGUCCUCACAUCCUGUUUUGUCUUAAGCACACACCAAUUGCUCCACAAGAGCUUCAAGCCUUUUGGUACUUACUGCACCAUCAGAAGGUGUCUACUGAAGAAAUUAUUUCCUUGUGGUCUGACUUAUUUAAUUCCACAUUUAUGUCUUUCUGGAGCAGUACUGUUACUACAAAUCCAGAGUACUGGCUAAUGUGGAGCCCUCUGCCUGGUGUACAGCAGAGGGAGAUGCCCAAGUCCCUUUUGGACUCCACAUUGAAGGGCCCUGGCAGUCUCAGUAGAGCCAUCUUCUCCAAGUGCUGCUUUGAAGUAUUGACCAGCAGCUGCAGAGCAAGUCCCUGGGAUGUGAGCGGCCUCCCCAUCCUGUCCUCCUCACACGUCACCCUGGGAGAGUGGGUUGAGAGAGCCCAGCAGCUCCGGGAUAUCAGCUUGGUGCUUUGGACCAACAUGGCUGUGCCUUCAGUCGCAGAGUUCAGAUACACAGAUUCCCAGCUCCAGAGACUUGUGCUGUGCCGGCACUUGGCGGGUUUGGCAGAGCUGCUCCCUGAAUCCCAGCAGCAGGAAUACAUGCAAAACUGUGAGCAGCUGCUGCUCGGGGACAAGCAGACCUUCCAGCAUGUGGGCCAGACUCUUGGGGACAUGGCUGGGCAGGAGGCCCUGCCCAAAGAGCUGCUAUGCCUCUUGCUUACCUCCCUGCGCCACUUGUUUGGGGAAGGGGAUGGUAAGCGGGACCUGCCCGAGCCAGCACGGCGUGGGAGCCUGUGGGUGAGCCUUGGCUUGCUCCAGAUUCAGACAUGGCUUCCGCAGGCCCGCUUUGACCCCGCAGUGAAGAGGGAAUACAAGCUCAAGUACGCUAAGGAAGAGUUACACCAGCUGCAGUGUGAGUGGAAGACCCGAAACCUCUCAUCCCAGCUACACACUGGAAGAGACCUGGAAGAUGAAGUCAUUCUCAGUUACUGUCAUCCUCACAUCAGAUUACUUCGCCAAAGAAUAGAUCAUCUGGAGAACUUAAUCUGCAGCCUGUCGAAGAAGCAGGCCUUCAGACCCCAGGUGCCUGCCUAUGAGUCAUUGGUGCAGGAAAUCCACCACUAUGUCACCAGCAUUGCCAAGGCCCCUGCUGUUCAGGAUCUGCUCACACGGCUCCUGCAGGCUCUCCACAUGGAUGGGCCUCGGUCUGCCCAGGUGGCCCAAAAUCUUCUGAAGGAGGAGGCUUCCUGGCAGCAGUCACACCACCAGUUCAGGAAGCGGUUGGCCGAGGAGUAUGCCCUCUAUCCAGAUUCUGUGGCCCCACUGCAGGCAUCCAUCUUGCAGUUGCAGCAUGGCAUGAGGCUGGUGGCAUCUGAGGUCUACGCUUCAUUCCAUGGCAGUGUGGUCUGUGCAGACAGGCUGGGUGCCCUGGCCACAUCCCUGUUGGCUUUUCCAUCGGUGGGUCCCACCUUCCCCACUUACUAUGCUCAUGCAGACGCCUUAUGCUCAGUGAAGUCAGAGGAGGUUCUUCGAGGCCUUGGGAAGUUGAUCCUCAAGCGCUCAGGAGGAAAGGAGCUGGAAGGCAAGGGCCAGAGACCUUGUCCUACCCGAGAGCAGCUGCUGAUGAAUGCCCUCCUUUACCUGCGUUCCCAUGUGCUGUGCAAGGGAGAGCUGGACCAUAGGGCCCUGCAGCUCUUCAGACACGUGUGCCAGGAAAUUAUCAAUGAGUGGGAUGAACAGGAACGCAUAGCCCAAGAGAAGGCUGAGCAGGAAAACAGCUUGUACAGAUACAGGAGCAGGAACUCCAGGACUGCCCUGAGUGAGGAGGAGGAGGAAGAGCGGGAGUUCAGAAAGCAGUUCCCACUGCAUGAAAAGGAUUUUGCAGAUAUUUUGGUAGAACCAACACUGGAAGAGAAGAAGGGAACUUCAGAUGGGCAAGAAGAGGGAGCAGCUUCAGACCCUGGCCUCCUCUCCCAGAGCUCAAUGCAGGCUGUGAUGCUCAUUCAUCAGCAGCUGUGCCUCAGCUUUGCUCGGUCCCUCUGGUACCAACAGACUUUGCCACCACAUGAGACAAAGCAUUACCUUGGCCUGUUUCUAUCCUGCUAUCAAACUGGGGCAUCUCUUGUGACACAGUUCUACCCUCUGAUGGGAGCUGAACUGAAUGACCAACUCCUGGGCAGCCAACUUUUGGCCUUUACCCUCUCCCAUAACACUCUCUUUGGUGAGGCAGCCUCAGAUCUGAUAGUGAAGCCUGAUGGGCCCUAUGACUUCUACCAGCACCCCAAUGUCCCAGAAGCAAGGCAUUGUCAACCUGUGCUUCAGGGUUUCUCAGAGGCUGUCAGUCAGCUGCUGCAGGAUUGGCCGGAACACCCAGCCCUUGAGCAGCUGCUGGUUGUAAUAGACAGAAUUCGUAGUUUCCCACUUUCCAGUCCUAUCUCAAAGUUGCUGAAUGGCUUAGAGAUCCUUCUAGCAAAGGCACAGGAUUGGGAGGAGAAUGCAAGUCGAGCUCUGUCUCUGCGGAAACAUCUCGAUUUAGUCAGUCAGACGAUCAUUCGUUGGCGUAAACUGGAACUGAACUGCUGGUCUAUGAGUUUGGAUAAUACUAUGAAGCGCCAUACUGAGAAAUCCACCAAGCACUGGUUCUCCAUCUACCAGAUGCUUGAGAAGCACAUGCAGGAACAAACAGAGGAGCAGGAAGAUGAUAAGCAGAUGACCCUGAUGUUGCUGGUCAGCACAUUACAAGCAUUUAUAGAGGGAUCCUCACUGGGAGAAUUCCACGUACGGCUUCAGAUGUUACUGGUUUUCCAUUGUCAUGUCUUGUUGAUGCCUCAAGUUGAAGGAAAGGAUUCACUUUGCAGUGUUCUGUGGAAUUUGUACCAUUAUUACAAGCAAUUCUUUGACCGGGUCCAAGCCAAAAUUGUGGAACUUCGUUCCCCCCUAGAAAAAGAACUUAAAGAAUUUGUAAAAAUAUCCAAGUGGAAUGAUGUCAGCUUCUGGUCCAUUAAACAAUCUGUGGAAAAGACACACAGGACCCUCUUUAAAUUCAUGAAGAAAUUUGAAGCCAUCCUGAGUGAACCCUGCCGGUCAUCCUUGGUGGAGAGUGACAAGGAGGAACAGCCUGACUUUUUGUCACAGCCAGCAGCCACCAGCGAGGCAUCCCCCAUUCAGAGUCUGAACAUGGCACUGAGGGAGACCCUGUUGGCCCGGCCAGUAGCUGCACAGGCUGUGAUUCCAGAACAGUGUCAGGGUGCUUCUUUCCCCUUGGAGGGAGAGCUGCUGUGUCGCUUGCCAAAGCUCAUGAAACGAAUGAGGAAGGUGUGCCUGACGCUCAUGAAGGAAAGCCAUCUGCCUUACCUAGUGGAGGGCCUUGAUCACUUCACUGGUGAAGUGAUUUCCUCUGUGAGUGAGCUGCAGAGCUUGAAGGUGGAGCCCUCUGCAGAGAAGGAGAAGCAGCGGUCAGAAGCCAAGCAUAUUCUCCUGCGGAAGCAGCGAGCUUUAGCAGACCUCUUUCAACACCUUGCCAAAACUGGUUUGUCAUAUCGCAAAGGUCUUGCCUGGGCCCGUUCAAAAAACCCUCAAGAGAUGCUUCAUCUUCACCCGUUAGAUCUCCGGAGUGCAUUGUCUGUAGUCAGCAGCACUCAGGCUGAUUCUAGGCUGCUGACAGAAAUCUCCUCUUCAUGGGAUGGAUGCCAGAAGUACUUCUUUCGCUCUCUUGCACGGCACGCCAGGCUUAGUGCAGCCUUAGCAGCUCCUGCCAAGGAGUUGGGCAUGAGCAACGUCGAGCGAUGCAAAGGGUUCUCGGCACAUCUGAUGAAGGUGCUUAUCCAACAGCGGCGCUCCCUGACCACGCUGACUGAGCAGUGGAUCCUCCUCAGGAACCUCCUUGGCUGUGUUCAGGAGAUUCAUGGCAGGCUGACUGAGCCGCUGGUCUACCCGGUGGCCUUCCCCCCUCAGGAUGGUGUGCAGCAGUGGACAGAAAGGCUGCAGCAUCUGGCCAUGCAGAGCCAGAUCCUGCUUGAGCAGCUCUCCUUGCUCCUCCAGUGCUGCCCCAGUGCAGGGCCAACUCCAGGCCACAGUGGUGCCCAGGUACAGGGUCAGCCUUCUGCCCCCUACCCAGAAGGACCAGAGCUCACCAACGGCCAGCUUUCUGGAGCCAUACAGGACCUCAUCCAAUCAGAAUUGAGUUGCCCAUCCCCACUACCUCGAAAUCAGCUGCCCUCUGGUUGCUGGAUGCGGAAACAGGACGAGCUUUGGCAACAGUCAACUGCAAGAUUAACAGAGAUGCUGAAAACCAUUAAAACAGUGAAAGCUGAUGUUGACAAAAUCAGGCAGCAGUCUUGUGAGACUCUCUUUCAUUCUUGGAAAGAUUUUGAAGUUUGUUCUUCUGGGCUGAGUUGCCUGUCCCAGGUGUCAGUUCAUUUGCAAGGACUAGAGUCCUUGUUCAUUAUUCCCAGGAUACAAGUUGAGCAAACAGACCAACAAAUGGCAUUAGUUGAGAGCCUGGACUAUUUAAGAGGAGAAAUCAAUAAAGCCACAGAUGACUUUACUUCCUGGAAGACACAUCUACUUGCUUCAGGAAGCCAAAGUGGAAACCAAAUGUUAGAUGAAGGGUUUGUGGAAGAUUUUUCAGAACAGGUGGAAACUGCCAUCCGGGCCAUCCUUUGUGCCAUCCAGAACUUAGCAGAAAGAAACAGUAAAAAGACAGAGGAGAACACUGACCAAAGCAGACCACAAGAAGAGGAUGGGGCAGCAGGCUUGGAGGGACUGCAAUCAGGACAUCUAACAAAACUGUUAGAGGAUGAUUUGUGGGCCGACGUGAGCACUCUGCAUGUGCAGAAAAUCAUUUCUGCUGUCUCUGAGCUGUUGGAGAGGCUGAAAUCGUACGGUGAAGAUGGCACAGCAGCAAAACACACGUUCUUCAGCCAAUCCUGCUGCUUAUUGGUGCGUCUGGUGCCCAUGCUCUCCAGGUAUUCAGACCUCGUCCUCUUCUUCCUGACCAUGUCUUUGGCAACUCACCGUAGCACUGCAAAGCUGCUCUCUGUUCUUGCCCAGGUCUUUACAGAGCUCGCCCAGGAGGGAUUUUGCCUGCCCAAAGAAUUCAUGGAAGAUUCAGCAGGAGAGGGAGCAACUGAGUUCCAUGACUAUGAGGGAGGUGGAAUUGGGGAAGGCGAGGGCAUGAAGGAUGUGAGUGACCAGAUUGAAAAUGAAGAACAGGCAGAAGAUACACUUCAGAAAGGCCAAGAAAAGGAUAAAGAGGAUCCCGACUCAAAACCAGACAUUAAGGGCGAGGAUAAUGCCAUUGAGAUGUCAGAAGACUUUGAUGGGAAAAUGCAUGAUGGGGAACUUGAAAAAGAAGAGGAUGAUGGGAAAUCAGACAGUGAGGGUGGAGACCUGGAUAAACAGAUGGGCGAUCUGAAUGGUGAGGAAGCUGACAAACUUGAUGAGAGGCUUUGGGGUGAUGACGAUGAUGAGGAAGAUGAGGAAGAAGAAGACAGUAAAACUGAAGAAACAGGACCAGGAAUGGAUGAGGAAGAUUGUGGACUUGUUGCCAAAGACGACAACUUGGAUGCUGGGAAGUCAAACAGAGAUAAAAACCGAGAUAAGGAAGAAAAGGAAGAAGCAGAAGUUGCUGAUGAUAGACAAGGCCAAGACAAAAUUAAUGAACAAAUAGAUGAGAGGGAAUAUGAUGAGAAUGAGGUGGAUCCUUACCAUGGCAAUCAGGAAGAGCUGCCGGAACCUGAGGCCUUGGACCUUCCAGAUGACUUGAACCUGGAUAGUGAAGACAAGAAUGGUAGUGAGGACACAGACCAGGAAGAAGGAGAAGAAGAUAAUCCUUUGGAAAUUAAAGAAAAGCCAAUGGAUACUGAAGAAGCAGGUCAUGAAGCUGAGGAAAUAAAGGAACAGACCGAGGCUGACCACAGUGAAGGUCAGGGUCAACCUGAACCUGAAGAAGGCCCCAGUGAAGAUGAUAAGGGUGAGGGAGAAGAAGAGAUGGACACAGGAGCUGAUGACCAAGAUAAAGACACUGCUGAACAUCCUGAAGAAAACUCAGACGAUGAGCGUCAGUCUCUGGAGGACAAGGACAAGGAAGCCAAUGAGGAAAGUGCAAACCAUGACGUUCCUGUUGACCAAGGUCUCCAGCCCCAGGAAGAAGAAGAAGAAGAAGAAGAAGAAGGGAGCGGGGAGAACUCUGACACAGAGGAGCAGGUGCCAGAGGCCACGGAAAGGGAAGAACACGAUUCCUGCGGGCAGACCGGGGUGGAGAGUGUGCAGAGUGCACAGGCUGUGGAGCUGGCUGGGGCCGCGCCCGAAAAGGAGCAGGGAAAGGAGGAGCACGGGAGUGGAGCUGCAGAUGCAAACCAGGCAGAAGGCCACCAGUCCAACUUCAUUGCUCGACUGGCUUCCCAGAAACAGACCAGGAAGGACACACAGAGUUUCAAGAGGAAACCUGGACAGGCUGACAAUGAACGCUCCAUGGGUGAUCACAAUGAACGAGUGCAUAAGCGGCUGAGGACUGUGGAUAUGGAGAGCCACACUGAGCAGGGGCCAGCCCAGCCCCAUGCCCAGGUGGAGGACGCAGAUGCAUUUGAGCACAUUAAACAAGGCAGUGACCCUUAUGAUGCACAGACGUAUGAUGUGGCCAGCAAGGAGCAGCAACAGUCUGCAAAAGAUUCCAGCAGGGGUCAGGAGGAGGAGAUGGAGGACACUUUCAUGGACACAGAGGAGGAAGAGCUCCAAGCAGCAGACGCAGAGCAGCUGAAGCCAGAGGAGAUCAAGUCAGGGACCACAGUGAGCCCCGGCAAUGAUGAGGUGGACAUGGAGACCCACAAUGUUAGAACAGAAGAAGACCAAGAUCCCAGGACCGACAUAUCCUAUGGGGAGACAGAGGAUAUGAAACCAGAGAGAAGCCAAGAUUCGACCAUUCACACAGCCCAUCAGUUCCUUGUGGACACAGUUUUCCAGCCCUUUUUAAAAGAUGUCAGUGAGCUAAGACAGGAGCUGGAGAGGCAGCUGGAAACAUGGCAUCCACACGAAUCUGGAAACCCAGAAGAAGAGAAGGCUGCAGUGGAGAUGUGGCAGAGUUACCUGGCCGUAACUGCACCUCUUUCACAACAGUUGUGUGAACAGCUUCGUCUCAUCUUAGAGCCUACCCAGGCCGCCAAGCUGAAAGGAGACUAUCGAACUGGGAAGCGGCUGAACAUGCGGAAGGUCAUUCCAUACAUUGCUAGUCAAUUUCGGAAAGACAAGAUUUGGCUUCGAAGGACCAAGCCCAGUAAACGCCAGUAUCAGAUUUGUUUGGCCAUUGAUGACUCUUCUAGCAUGGUAGACAACCAUACCAAACAGCUGGCAUUUGAAUCUUUGGCUGUGAUUGGAAAUGCUCUAACCCUCCUGGAAGUGGGUCAGAUUGCUGUGUGCAGUUUUGGAGAGUCCGUAAAGCUAUUACACCCAUUCCACGAGCAGUUCAGUGAUUCCUCGGGUUCCCAGAUUCUGCGGCUCUGCAAAUUCCAGCAAAAGAAAACCAAGAUUGCUCAGUUUCUCGAGUCUGUAGCCAGCAUGUUUGCAGCUGCUCAGCAGCCCUCCCAGCACGCCAGUCCAGAAAACGCACAGCUCCUCCUGGUGGUCUCUGAUGGCCGCGGCCUUUUCCUCGAGGGCAAAGACAGAGUCCUGGCAGCAGUCCAGGCUGCCCGGAAUGCUAACAUCUUCGUCAUUUUUGUUGUAUUGGACAAUCCCAGUUCACGGGAUUCUAUCUUGGACAUCAAAGUGCCCAUAUUUAAAGGACCUGGAGAGAUGCCUGAAAUCCGAUCCUACAUGGAAGAGUUCCCGUUCCCAUUCUACAUCAUCCUUCGCGAUGUGAACGCGCUCCCCGAGACGCUCAGUGAUGCUCUUAGGCAGUGGUUUGAGUUGGUGGCAGCCUCUGACCACCUGUAG